AGUUAAUACUGUUUAUUUUUAUUAUAAAAUUAUAGAAAUACAUAAAAUAAUACUGCAACAAUUUUUAAGUCUAUAAAAUAAAUAAUGUUUCUAAUAAGAACUUGUGUACCAAAAACAGCUGUUUAUGACGUCUUCUAUAAAUCAACAAAACAAAAGCCAUGCGCACAGCUAUCCUUUUCUAAACAAGACUUCUCAGUCGCACUUGUGCAUUUGCUUCACUUCGAACUCGAAACCUCGCACUUCUCGCGUCAAAAUCGUCAAAUCCCGUCUCGCGGUGUAGUCGUUUGCUUGUGUGACUCGUUGGCUUCCCAGUAAUCGUGUUAAACUUUGUUGUGUUUUGUGUUAUUAAAAUGCCUUUUAUUUCAAAAGACUGGAGGUCUCCCGGUGAGGAAUGGGUUAAAACUCAAGAGGGAUGGGAAAAGAAGAAGGUGUUGGAGUGCACUGCACAACGAUAUCCCGCUAUAACUAACUUUAAUAACUCAGACGAUAGUCAACAAAAGUCGUGGUCUUCAGACGGCGAGGAAAGUGAAAAGAGCUCAGAUGGAGUCAACAGGAUACCUCCACAUUGUCACAUCACAAUCAAAUGUACCAGAGAGAUUGCUGGUUUCAACGGUCUAUCGGAGGCGGUGCGUCGCCUGGACUUCUCAUCCGCAGUGCGUGACGUCCGGCGGUUCAACUACAUCUGUGCCCUGCUGGAGCUACUGGUCGGCGGCCAGAGACUCACGCACCUGCCCGGAGCUGCACAGAAACUGCUACUGUCCAUGUUGGAGCAACUUGCUGAUCAAGUGGCAACAUCAAAACAUAACUUGAACGCUCUCCGCGCGCUAGUGAUGUCUGUGUCAUCUGCGCGUGAGUCGGAGAAGCGGUCGUGUUGGGGCCGACCGCUCGGCUCGCGAGCGCUGUGGGGCCACCACGACCACGCCAUCGCGAGGAUCAACCGCAUCGCCAAUAGUAUUAGGAUACAAGAGCCGGGACCAGAGGUAGUGCCGAAGCUCCACGACUUACCUGAAGAAUGUAUCAGAGAAAUACUCCUAAGGAUAUCGGAUCACAGGGAUUUAGAUGCUGCUUCAUCAGCAUGGACAGUAAUGGCCUCAGUAUGCAAUGAGCAGCGUAUCUGGCGUGAGCUGGUGAACUUCCACUUCACCCAGCAACAGAUUGAUGCGGCCCUCGCCAAGAAUAAGGAAGAUAUUGCUGAUGAGAAGGAGUUUGACUGGAAGAAGCUCUUCCAUCAGCUUAGGAAGAUGUACGGUCUCCGAGAAGACGCGCAGUUUGCUGAGACACUAUCCCUCUGUCGCCACUGUAAGUGCCUGUUCUGGCGUUCGCUGGGACACCCCUGCAUAGCCGACCAGUGCCCGGAGUACCGCGAGAGGCUCAAGGAGGCCGGUGGCCCUCUCCCUCCGCACCCCGUCCCUCCCGCGGCCUUCCUUAAAUUCUUCUCUCUGUAGAGGAAACCUGGACACCUACGAAUACUUCACGAAGUCGACAGUUAGUUUCCUGUCAGAAACUCUGACGUCACUAAUAAGGAGACAGGUAUGCAUUGAGAAAAAUAGAAUAAUAGAGCCGCUGAAUUUUGGUAUCUAGUAAUGACAUGUUAUAUUACGUGAACUGGUUUCAUAAAAAUCCCUUACGCACUGAGUAUCAAAAAUGGAGUAAAAUAUCUAUAUUUGUAAACGAUAUGUGUUGUGCAGAGCUAAUAUUUAUCAGUAUUCAUGUGUACAAACUCAUUUGAAAUGUGUAAGUCUUCCGUAAUGGGAGAAUAUAUCAUUCAUGAUUAUCUAUAAAAAAAAAAUCAUACAUGGAGAUGCCUAAUGCGAUUCAUAAUUAAAAAUAUAUGUUGGUGCUUCAUCCAGUAUUUUAUAACUGACAGUAAUGCAGCCUCUUUGUAUCAAUGACUGACUAAGAUCUCAGGCAUCGGGCCUACUUUGAAAUAUUACAUAAUCACUCUAUAUGAGUAGGAAAUGAAUUACUUAAACUAUAGAUUACUUAGGGAAAAUGGCAAAAGGAAAUUUCAGAGACUGACCUAUGGAAAAAUGCUUGUGAAAAUCAGAGAAGGAAAUAUUAAGAAGCAAGUCUGUCUAAGUGUAUAAUAUUUACUUUUGCCAUGAAUCAAAAUUAAUAUUUGUUAUAAACAUAAAAUCACGCUAAUUAACAUAAAGUGGUUAUAAUGUAUUUUAAAUUAAAAUUAUCGGAAAAUACCUAUGGGUUAAGUAAAUCAUUUAAAAUCAGAAAAUAAUUGAUGUGUUCCAUUGUAGCAAUUUUCUAUUAUUAUUGAAUUUUGACUAUAGUUAUGAUAUACAAGUAGUUUUUUAGUAAAUCCUUGUUUCUCAUUAAUUAUGGAGGGCCUAUGGAUGGUCCAUAAUAAUAAAUUACUAAUGAAUAAUACAGCUAUAAAAUACCAGCCAGUUAAGUGUUGCCAAACUUGAAUAUGUUUAUGAAUCUAAUUUAUCUGUAAAAAUUAAAAAAAUAUUCAAAAUAGGUUGGCAACACUACCAGUGAAUGUGACCAAAAAACAUUUAAAACUUGCUAUCUUUGUUUUAGAAAUAAUAUUGUUAUGUUUAAGGGAUUUCUUUCACUUAUUUUUGUUUGCGCACGCACUUAAUGCUUAUAAAAUAAAAGUAUGAAUAAGGCUUUAAAAUAAUAAAAAAAAAGUUAUGUGAUAAUUCCAAAAUUAUAUCAGUAUAAGUGUGUUGUAAUAUUGUAUUUAUAUCUAUGUGUGUUGUUUGUUAUGUUUAUUUAUAUUACGGUUAUAUUUUAGUUGAAAAAUAGGAAAUUUAAAGGUAGCCAAGUUCUCUACAGGAAAAGCUGCUAUUUUAAAAUAUUGACUUUGACAAUUUUAUGACGAAAAAGGUUUGAAUAAUUAUUAAACAAAAAAAUAUAAUUUAAAUGCGUUGUUAACUUGGUUGCAUAGAAAUAAUGCUUAUUUAAUGUUUAAAUUAUUAAAAUUAAAAUAUUUAGUUCCUUAUUUGAAAUUAGACUAAUUUAAUAUUUUAUGGCUACGAAUUUAACACCAUGACUUUGCUUUUAACGUGUGCUUGCAUUUAAAACGCACACAAUAUGAAAUUAAACAUUACAAUUUCAUACAUCACUUCGGUAAAUAUGGAAAUAGUGACACAAUAGUAUAGUAGAACUUUAGUUGACGUAGUAAUAAUUGACGAGCUAAUUUUGCCUUUAAGAAUAGUAUAAGAUAAAGACUUGUCUCGUCAAAUCCUGCAAUUCUAACUCAGUAUUGAUAUCACAAUGUUAAAUGUUUGUAGGUUUAGAUGUGAAACUAUUAGUAACAGAACCUAUGUACGCAGCUAAUGGGUCAUAAGUAAAGCAAUAUUUUAUUACACAUUGAUAUGAUAUGUAGAUGCAUUGUAAUAUAAUGAGGGCUAUGGGAGGUAUUUUGCGCACCAGAUGACGCCAAUGUAACGCGUGGUGUCUUUGUCCAAUCACUAGCUGUCAAAAAUUUAUUGUCCAAUGAGAAUUAACCAGCUAAUUUUCUAUUGGACAAAAGGGACUUCACGUAACAUUAGAAGUCUUCUAGUGAGCACAAUAUCACUGGUCUUCAUUAAUGUGCUAAGAAUUUAAAUCUGGGUAAUGUUAAAACUGUUGUAGUAUCGGUUCUUUAGGCCUAAAGUACUGUUCGUCAAAGUUCUAUCCGUCACGUUAAUGUAAGGGGUCUCUGUGAUUACUUUCAAAUCUGAAUGCAAAAUUAUUUACUAAGUCUGAGAUUAGGUUAAUUCAUACAUAAUUGUGUUGUAGACUGUGUUUAUUGGGAAGCCAGAAACUAUAUGUAUAUAAAAGAUUAAGAUGUCCAUAUGUAUCCAAGACCUAUUUAUGUGUAGAUAACACUUACAACAUUUCUUUAUUUAGUAUUCAAAUGUUGAAAAAUAUUAAAAUGUUUUGCUUUCUAUUUUGAAUCUGUGGCUCCCAUAAACACAGUAUAAUUAAAAUGUUCAUUGUAUUGUGGUAGUGUAGUUGUUGAUAUUGUGAUAUUUUAAGAUAAAUUUAUGAAUAAUUAUAAUAUAAUAAGCAUUCAAUAGUCCCAAGAAGCUAACCCUAGAGUAGAUGUGUUAAAUUAUGAACUACAUGAAGUAUAUUUAAAUGGUCCAAUAUUUGAUCCAUGAUUGUGGCAAACCUUGGUCGCAAAUAUUGGCCCAACUUGGAAGCUGAAGCAUUUUGGGUGUAACUGUCAAAUCUAUGAGAAAAUGUGCAAUAUUAUAUUGGGAUUGUUUUAGUUCUACUGUUUUUCUUGGACUAUUAUUCUAAUUGUGGAUCUUAUAACUGUUGGACAUAGACCUCAACUAAUGAUUGCCUGUUGGAAGCAACCUAUAUUCAGCGGUUUCUAAUGUAGUUCAUAAUUUAAUGGUAGAUGAUUAUUAUGAAAAAUGCAGCUUACCUACUCACUCAAGUCAUUUUUAGUUAAUCUGUGAUCAGCUUUAUGUUUUACACAAUGGAAUUGUUUUUUUUUCUGAUUUGUGUUCUCACUAUGGUACUUUAUAUGGUAUUUUGAAAUAAAGUUAUUUUGAAUAAGAA